GUAACCGUACCUGUCACUUCUUGAUCUUGAUUAAUGCACUAAUGCGAAUACAGUUAGGUUGAAUAUUUUAUGUGAUUUAGUAUAAUGGAUGUAUUAUCCUAACAGUAAUAUACUUGUAUUGUUAGCUUAAGCACUAAGCAGCAUCUGUGGAGCUCUGCAGCUCCAGAGGAAUAAACUUGCCCCAUUCUCAAUCUGUUCGGUAUUGUUGAUAGAACAGCAGUUUCCUAACCUUACUUUUAUUAAACUUAUGAAAGUAUAGAGACAAGAAACGCCUUGAUAAAAAUGACAGCCCAAACUUCUAUUAGUUUGGGAAGUUUAUAUGCUGAACUAAACAAGUUUUGUCAGAAUAAUGAUUUUGAAAGAGCUGUGAAAUCAGCUAACAAGGUGCUGCAUCACUACCCUGAAGAAACAAAAGCUUUCCACUGCAAGAUAGUAUCAUUGGUUCAACAAGACAAAUUUCAAGAGGCGUUACAAUCUAUCAACAAACAGCCAAAACUCUCCUCAGAUCUGUAUCUGGAGAAGGCUUAUUGUCAAUAUCGCUUGAAUCAAAUUCAGGAUGCUUUCAAAACUGUUAGUUCUGCACCUAAUCUCUCCUAUGAACUGAAGGAGCUGAAAGCUCAAAUACUAUACAGACUUGAGAGCUAUGAAGAAUGUUUUGACGUUUACCGCGAUAUUAUAAAAAAUACAAAUGAUGACUAUGAGGAAGAGAGAGAAACAAAUCUUUCGGCUGUCAUCGCAAAUAUGCUACUUGAUGGAUCAACAAAAAACAUCCCGGAGUUGAGAGAGCAUUCUUAUGAACUAGCUUACAAUGCAGCUUGCCAACUUAUUUCUCAAGGAAAGUAUGCUGAUGCAGAAAAGAAACUGAAAAUCGCAGAAAAGUUGUGCAGAGAAGCCUUGCAAGAGGAGGAAGAGGACGUGGAAGAAGGUUUGGGAAUAAUUAGAGCACAACAGGCAUACUGUCUUCAGCUGCAAGGCCGGGAAAAAGAAGCCCAAGCUAUGUACAAUGCCAUUCUCAAACGUAAACCAGAUGAUAUAGGAUUGGUGGCAAUAGCUAGUAACAACAGCAUCACACUCAAUCGUGAUCAGAAUGUUUUUGAUUCAAAGAAAAAAAUACGCAGUGCAAUGACUGAAGGGCUUCAAAAUAAACUCACUUCACGGCAAAGAAAAGCUAUUCGUAUCAACCAAUGCUUGUUGUCAGUCUACACCAAUCAGAAUGAGCUGACUACCCAGCUGUGCAAGAAGCUGGUGAAGGAUUACCCUGACACUGUUAACCUGACUGUCUUGGUCGAUGCUAUAUUGUUAGCCCGAGACGGCAAAGCCAAGGAAGCUGCCAACAUGUUAACUGAUUUUGCCUCAAAAAAUGCUUCAUUCAAAUUGGAGAUGAGCCUUGCAGCUAUCCAGCUGCUUCUUUCUGAGGGAAACGUCAAGGCAGCUUGUGAAGUGUUGAAGCAGCUUGACGACUCCAUCAAGUACAAGCCAGGCAUUGUGAGUGCUUUGGUGACAUUGUACAUGGCUCAAGAUCAAAGAGAUGAUGCCUCUAAAAUCCUUCAAAACACUGUGGACUGGCAUCGCAAAAACAAGGAUAGCAGCAGUGACCUGAGUGUUCUGUGGAGACAGGCAGCUGACUUCCACUUGCGUGGAGGAGAGCCAGCAGUAGCAGCCAAGAGUCUGGAGGAACUGCUAAGAGUCAAUCCAACUGACACCAAGACUCUGGCUCAACUAAUCAUAGCAUACGCUCAGUUUGACCCAUCAAAAGCUCAAGCUUUGAGUAAAAAGCUACCGAGUGUUGCUGACCUUACCCCUUCAAGUGAUGUGGACUCGUUGGAAACCUCAAACUGGAUGAUGGGAACUAAAGUAAUUAAGAAAGCUGUCAGCAAAGUGGAGCCUUCCCCAGGAAGUGAGUUACUUCAGAAGAAAAAGAAGCGAAGGAAGCGUAAGGGUAAACUUCCCAAAAAUUACGACCUUAGUUGUGAUCCAGACCCAGAGAGAUGGUUACCCAAACAUGAACGUUCAACUUUCCGCAAGAAGAAGGAUCGUCGUAACAAGGACAUAGGAAAAGGAACACAAGGUGCAGCUACUGGAGCCAUUGAUCAAUAUGACAUUACCAAGAUGCCGAGCCAGGCCAAACCUUCGCCCAAUCCUCAGAACAGUCCCGCCCCUGAUGCUAUUAGAGGACAGCAGCGCAAAAUACAACACAAGAAAAAGAAAAAGGGAGGAAAGUUUUAACUUGAUCAAGUGUUACAUAUUUCAGAGAUUAAAACUUCUUAUGCAAAAA